AGCCGGGCGCAGAGGGCUGCCGGGGGCUGAGGGGCGGCCCAACGGUGGGAGGCCCCGGCGCUGGCCCUUGGACCCGGGCGCGGAGCCGAGCCGAGCCGAGCCAUGGCGGCGCCGGGGCAGAACCUGGCCGUGGUGGUGCACCGAGCCGGGGACCUGCGCCUGGAAAACCAUCCAAUCCCGGAGCCAGGUCCCAAUGAGGUCCUGCUGCGGAUGCAUUCCGUGGGGAUCUGCGGCUCUGACGUUCACUACUGGCAGCACGGUCGAAUUGGGGAUUUUGUUGUGAAGGAUCCCAUGGUGCUGGGGCAUGAAGCUUCCGGUACUGUGGUCAAAGUGGGAUCAGGGGUGACUCACCUCAAGCCAGGUGAUCGAGUGGCCAUCGAGCCUGGUGUCCCAAGGGAAAUGGAUGAGUUCUGCAAAACUGGCCGCUACAACCUGUCCCCAGCCAUCUUCUUCUGCGCGACGCCUCCUGAUAAUGGGAACCUGUGCCGUUACUACAAGCACAAUGCCAGCUACUGUUACAAGCUCCCAGAUAAUGUCACCUUUGAAGAAGGAGCCCUUAUUGAGCCCCUUUCAGUGGGAAUUCAUGCCUGCAAAAGAGCGGGAGUCACUCUGGGAAGCAAAGUCUUCGUGUCUGGCUCUGGACCAAUUGGCCUUGUAAAUGUGCUUGUUGCUAAGAUGAUGGGUGCAGCAGCUGUGGUAAUUACAGAUUUAUCUGCCUCUCGCCUGCAAAAAGCCAAGGAGGUGGGGGCAGAUUUCACCAUUCAGGUGAAGAACGAGACCCCACAGGAGGUGGCCUCCAAAGUGGAAAGUCUGCUUGGCUGCAUGCCCGAGAUAACUGUAGAGUGCACAGGAGUGCAGGCCUGCAUCCAGGCUGGCAUUUAUGCCACUCGUUCUGGUGGGACCUUGGUGCUGGUGGGACUGGGGCCUGAGAUGGUCACUGUGCCCAUUGUGAACGCUGCUGUGCGGGAGGUGGAUAUCCGGGGGAUAUUCCGCUAUUGUAACACGUGGCCUGUGGCGAUUGCCCUGCUCGCAUCCAAGCGGAUCAAUGUCAAGCCCUUAGUUACGCACCGCUUCCCCCUGGAAAAGGCUCUUGAGGCAUUUGAGACAACCAAGAGGGGGGAAGGGGUCAAAGUCAUGCUGAAGUGUGACCCCAGUGACCAGAACCCCUGAGAUGCUGCUGUGCCCGGCCCUUUCCCUGUGUCACCGCCUGCCUGAGAUGCGCUGAUGAGGCCACAGGAGGCAUAUGUAUGGCUGUUGCAUGGUUACACAGUCACCUUAUGCAGGCACUUCUUUGUAAUAGAGCUACAAAAUCAAAUGAUAAUGAGGGUGAAUGGCGCUGAGGGAUUCACCGUUAGAGUAUUAACAGUUCUCUCUCUCAUAGAGAACCAGUAGGGAAUAGUUUGAAUCAAAACAGUGCUGUUUGGUUAGAGAUGGUGGUUCACAUGGUUGGCUCUUCAGCAGCCCCCACACACAGAAGAGCCUGGAUGUCUCUGCAUAGCCCGAGGGUUUGUCCAUGCAGACACAACAGGGGAGGAUGUCACCAGCCACAUGGGUGAAGCAAGGACAGAGGUGCUGGUUCUUCACCUUCCUGCCCCAGCACUGCCCUAGGGCUGUGCUUGCCACAGCUCUUCCUGCUUGGCAAUCACAGGGUGUGUGAAUACUCCACCUUCCGUUACACCUUCCCUCGGGGAUGCUCAGGGACUGUAACAGCCUGUGGAACAAAGCCUGGCCAGCCCACCCUCUAUGGGAAGCAUCUGCCCAUUCAGGUCAAUCUCUCCGUGCUCUUUGCAAAUAGGAAACUGCAGGCCCAAAGCUCAGAGCCUGGGGCUGUUUUGAAGAAGCCAGCCUGGAGGCCAGCUGUGACCAUACCUGCAGUGUCAUCCCCCCAGCAGAGCUCCCUGUGGGGCAAAAGGACCACCUCAGGGCAGAGAAACUGCCCUGUCUGUGGCUGGGACCGCAGAGUGGCCUGUGCUUACAUGGAUCCCAAGGGGCACAGCUUGGCUUUUAGCAUGGAGGGGAGCACAGGUGAGAAGUAAGGGGACAGCAUCACUCAAAGGUUUUACCACUGUGAAUGAAUGGUGAUGGUAACUUCUCUGGGAUAUCUGGCCUUCCUGCUGAGUUUGAGCCAUGCACGAGGUACUGCCAAGGUAGCAGGUUGCAUAUAACAGAAAUCUAAUCUUUGAUUAUAUUGUGUUAAUUUUAGUACUGAGAGAUCAGUCCUUUCAUCGGGCCGGUACUGAACUUUCCUCAAUAAAUGUGUCUUGUGUUCAUUAGA